AAAGCGUUCAUUUCAGUCAAGUAUCAUGAAAUUGUAUGUUAAAUGUGAUUUCGCUAAUUAAGGAGCCCACGGAGGAAAAAGAAACAAACUUUUUUUUGCUCUCUCUCUCCUUAUUGUUCCUCGGUCAGGCGCCAUAUGUCCUCAUUCACUUUGGACCUUUUGUCCUUAUCAUCUGUCCAACUUUAUCACCCAUCUGCAGUUCUUCUCCACAGUCACACGCUUACAUUUAUUUUGACGUUUCUCAGUGAGAACAAUCGUGUGAACAUGCAGAGAUGGAUUUUGUGAGGCUGUUUGGUGCCGUUAUCGCCGUGUUGUUCCACCCAGGAUCUGCUUCCAAAAGAAAUGGGAAAAGAAUUUGCAGGCGUGGGACAGAGCGUCCAUGCUACAAGGUGUCCUACAUGCAGGAUAGCAGAUGGAGGUUGAACUUUGAGGAUGCUAGUCAGGCUUGCAGAUUGGACGGCGGUGAGUUGCUGAGCAUUGAAACAGAAGGCGAACAGCGUCUGGUAGAAAGGUUCAUACAGGAUCUCCAGGCUGGGGAUGGAGACUUUUGGAUUGGGCUCCGUCGUAGCCCAGGGCACUUCAGGGCAGAGACCAGAAGCCCAGGUUGCCCCUCACAAUACUAUUGGCUGGAUGGAAGCAAGGCCAAGUUCAGGAACUGGCACUGGGAUGAGCCAUCUUGUGGUGGGGAGAUGUGUGUGGUUUUGUACUAUCAGCCUUCUGCACCACGGGACGAAGAAGGCCAUUUCUUGUUCCAGUGGAAUGAUCACAACUGCAAUGCCAAGAACAACUAUGUCUGCAAAUAUGCAGAAGAGAAGUUGCCGACAUUUGCAGAGGAAAGAAACACAGUACAUGCAGUUUCGUCUCUGAGGCCAAACAUUUUGUCAACGACAGAAAGUGAUGAGAUGAUAAGAAUCGGACUACCUGAGUCAUCACACAGCACCUUGUAUAUUUCUUACAUCCUUUACGCAAGUAUUCCUGUUCUGUUGCUGCUGCUGUUUGCAGCUGCCGGGUUCUUCUGCUACAAACACCAUGUCAAGAGGAGGAAGACAAAGUCCAGGAGUCAUCUUCAUGCCAGCAGAUCAAGCCAGUGCAUGUCAACAGCAGCUGCAGUUCCCUGCGCCAUACAAGGACCUUAUGCCUUCAGUGACAUCACCAAACUGUCUCACGCCACUCCGGACAGCAGUGCAGCAGCAGACAUCUCUUCAAAGUACCCCUGCACUUCCUCCCAGGGCUUACAGUGUGAUGACUAUGAGAACGUGUCAUGCCUGGUGAGGGAGAGCGGCUUUGUGACAAAUGACAUCUAUGAGACCUGCAAAACUCAGAGCAGACGCUGCCACAAUCAGACUGGUUGGGUGGAAAAUGACAUCUAUGGAUAGCAGUGUUUGUGCCCAUGUGGUCUCUGUGUUUUUUCAAUCGCAUGGUUACCAGCUAACAAAGCCAGCUGAGGACAAAAAGAUGAAGUUCUUGCUCCAGGAAUACUCAGCACUUGGCUGUUUCCUCCUGCAUUUUGCAUACUUAAGCGAUCUUCUGAGUGGAUUCAGUACCGUUUCCCAAGCAUCUAAAGCACACUUUGGAUGAAGCUGACUGACUCUUUUACAGUAUCAUGUUGGAUUAACAUUCAUGCUUAAAGAAGGAUUUCUAGAACCUUUCAGGACUAUCACCCGUAUGAUGUUUACGAUGACUGCGAGCAUGCCACUUUUUAAUUACUAUAGAAUAAAACAGUCGUCUCAUUGUGUCUUCAAGAUUGACAACUUGGGCAGUCAAUCAACAGAUCGAUGGAAAUAUAAAUGAGCAGUGGUGAACUUGAUGGACACUAUCCUCAAGCUGAAGUAACAUGUUACAUGUAACAAAGUAUGUAGUAACAUGGAAUUUCAACCACACCUGCAUCCUAAUAUCAAUCAUACGUGAUAUAAGAUGAUUCCCUGCACAAUCUGACAUGUCCAGCAGGUGGCAGAGAAGCGCCAUGUAACUUCAACCACAACUACUCCUAAUUUCCAUCAUCCAUCCAACAUCCACCAACCAUCCAGCAAAUGGCAGCCACGUCUAUGGGAUAAUAUAUAAUAAAACCAUGUUGCUUUUUGGACCCGUCUGGUCCAUCAGCUUUAAGCAUUACAAGAACUUUUUGAUUUUGGUGCAUUACAAGAUGAUAGCGUUCAUUGUUUUUGAGCUAGCAUACUUCAUACACAUACACAUGAAUACACAUUCAUGCAUUCACUCACUAAAGGCUGGAAAUAAAUACUUCCAGCAUAUAGUUCCUGUAGAAAAGCACAAAACCGGCAGUGUAAGAUCUAAUGUAAUCAAUGUAUUUCUGAUUUUAGGCAGUAAUCAAUGCAAUCUAGCAGCUUUGGCAGGCAUCAUAUUGUCUUCUUUCCUGCUUUUUCCACAUGAGUGACACAAGUCAGUGUGUCUCGCCAUCGCUGAUGAGGUGCCAUUUGUACCAGUGUUUCUAAAUAAAGUUAAGUGGCCAAACAA